ACAUUUUCUCUGACGUCACUCCGAGCGGUGCUGGAAGAAUUACCUGCUGUCAAUAUUAUAAAAGUUCUACGUGCCAAAGUUUUCGUGAAUUAAAAUAAUGGAAAAACUUUUCAUUGGAAUCCUGGGGGUAUUAUGUUGCCUCCGAUUUGGUUCCACAGAUUUUACAGAUGUGGACUGGUGUAAGGAUAAUCCAGAUUUAAACUGCUGGCGAUACGUAGAUAAAAAAUGUGUAGGAUAUUAUGAAGACUGGGCGAGACAAAACUGCCCCUUCCGCUGCGGGUACUGUCCAACUAACCCCCCAUGUGAGGACACCGACACUUCUUGUCAUGCAUACCACGCUGAAGCUUGUUCAGAUGAAAACACCCGGGCUUACAUGAGGGAACAUUGCAGGAAGAGGUGCCAUUUAUGUCAUUACCCCGGGGACAAUAGCACGCAAAACACACCCCCUCCUGGAACCCCUGUCCCAACAGACACCAUGGUGAAACCAGCUGUUGGAAAAUGAUGUUAUUUCAGUUUGACAAGCUAUUAAAUUAAUAUAGAAAUGCUUUG